GCAACAAGGCCGUCGCUCAUUGGACAACUCGUGUGGCACAGAGUCAGUAUGGAGGCUCACCAGGGCUGGAUUCCGAAUAGCUUCCUACUGGAUUUGUAGUGCACUACGUAGCGCAUAGAAGCCGGUAAUUCACUCGGUGUGUAGUGCAGUGGUGUAGGACGUCAGGGUGUUAUUUGGGUUUGGGCAGUACUCACUCGGGUGGGGUUAUAUCAGUGCACAGGCGCCUUGCCUGCAUACUGCUCUGAUACAGUGUACAGAUAAGGAGUCACUUUGAGGAGUGUUUGUCGAAAUAGUUAGGAAAAAAAACUGUUGUAAUGCUAAUUUAAAUCCUACUUUUUUUUAUCUGUAGCAGCUUAUAUCUAGUACUUUGUCCAAAAGCAGACACUGUUUGGCUGUUAGUUUUAUAAAAUCAGUAAGCCUUCAGUGGCCUGAUCUGCCUCAACUCCACUCUUGAGACUCAUGUUUUCUCAGUUUUAAACUCACUGAAGACCUGAAAGUCAGGAAUUUUGUGAGCAGAGAAACUAUGAAAACUUUUCCAGUGAUGGAGGCCAUAUAUGAGGAAACGGAUGUGAAGGUGACUGAGGAGGUGGAGAGCUGUUGUACGCUGGUGGACCUCACAUCAGCUAAGAAGAAGAGAAGGACCAAAGGCACCACAGAACAUGCAGAGAAACCCAAAAAACCCAGGUCUGCCUACCUGCUGUAUUACUUUGACGUGCAUCAGAGGUUGCAGCAAGAGCAUCCCGACAUGCCCCAGUCCGAGAUCAACAAGCGCAUCAGCGACAGCUGGAAGAGGCUCAACGUAGCUGAUAAAGGAUAUUACCUGGAGAGGGCCAAGAUGGAGAAAGAUGGCGUGGACCCGACCACACAGUCCUCAGCUUCUCAAGACGUCCCAGGCUUCCGUAGAAUUCUGCCAAGAACCGACUACGUUCUCCUCCCGAAGACCUCUGUCGGGGAGGACAAGCCUGGGGCUUCCAUGGACUUCUGUAUGGAAGGCGAUUCCCCUCUGACUCUGGGUAGUGAGGUGGAGCUGGUGGAGCAGUGUGUCACCGUAGAGCCUCUUGCUGAAGACACAGCCGUGCCUUUGAGUAGAUCCGCAGCUCUCCAAGGAAUCCUGCCACAGUGUUCCACCUCAACUGGAAGACUUCUGACGUUCCCACAGCAUGGUCACCAGUCCACCAGCCUGGUGGUGAAGGAGGAUGGAGGCGGGGCAUCAGACAGGGCUUUUGGCAGAGCUUAUGACAUGGAAGUGGAAGAGGGGUUUGAGGGUGUGGCCGCGAUUUCACAGGUCAAAGCGGAGGCUACACAUCUGGUAGCCAUCAUACCCAGUCAUGAGCUGGUAGAAAACAAAGUCCUCCCUGCAGUCAGUCCAGUAAUGAUGCUCCCCUUGGUGAACAAUGCCAAGCCACAGCCUAAACCCUCCUUUAAACUAUCCAUAAAGUACACUAGGAGGGGUCGAGGCAAUUGUAGCACUCCUGGAUGCUCUUUCACCUACGUGACUCGCCAUAAACCGCCUUGUUGCCCUGACUGUGGACAGCACCUCGGGGGAAAGUGGGUUCCAUCCGCAGCCAAAAAAGCAGGACCUGGUUCCAGCUCAUCUCCCCAAAAAUUGAAAGCUCAGCCUGAUGGUUCCAGUUCCACUGCAGCGGCAUCUAAAAUGGCUGUUGAGAGCACUGUUAAGCCAUCUGACACGGUCACAGGACAAACACAGGCACCCAAGAGCAAAAGCGACAAAGCGGUGCUUCAUCCUAAAGUUAAGACCGACGUCUCUGCAGCACCUGCAAAUGCUCCUGGACCCUGGAGGAGAGAAAAGAUGGGUGUAGUUACAGUUUAUCAACCAGCCGGUGGCGCCUUUGACAAAAAUUCAGAAGCCUUUCAGCUGUCAGGAUCAACAGCCGUCAUUGGGUUAAGUGGUGGCUGUGUUCGGGUCAUUAGCAAGGACACAGGUCAGAAACGGCGAAUCCGGGCCAUUCUCCCCGCCCCUGCCACCCCAAGCGUUCCGUCUCAACCAGCUGUUGUUCAGUGGAUAGCAGUGCCUCCAAGUAAGAUUAAAAGUGACGCAAAAAUCGCAACUAGAACAGUUAAGCCCCAAAGUGAGAGGAUUUUGAGCCUGAAACCCAGCACACUGAAGCAGCUGGGUCACUCUGUGCCUCCCAGUGCCUUAGAGCAGAAACUGCCUGCAAUCGACAGCAGCCAGUACGUAGUGACUGACAGCGGAGUGAAGAUCCUCUCUAUGGUGCCUUUGAAGAAAAACUCCGGCUCUUCACUGGCUCUAGGCUUGUCCACGGCACGGGGCAGGGGCAGAUGUAAAAACCCCUCCUGUGAUUACGUCUAUAAGAACAGACACAAGCCUCAGUACUGCCCCAGCUGCGGCUGCGAACUCGCCACCAAAGCAGCCAAGAAAGCCAAAGUCCCAUCGUCUCCUGAGCCGGGAGAUACGUCCACAGUCCUGUUGGAUCCAUCACAACCUUUGACCCCAGGCCAGAGAGAACUCCAGCGUCAAUCCACUGUGACGCUGCUCAAACACAGCUUACAAUUCCCCGAGAACGAAGCCGAGCUCCAGGACAUCCUCACACACAUCCACAACCUCAACCAAGUGCACAGGAAGAGAGAUGAUGAGGACAGUGAGAAGGAUGAAGAGAAGGAUGGAGGGAGGGAGGAGCACUGUGUUUCCCCACAGGAUGGAUGGCCGAGCUUCUAUGAGCCGACAGCCAGUCACUGCAGUCUGUGUCACUGUCCGCUUUACAGAGGAGGAGAGAGUUGUUCUAUAGCAGGGCAACAGCAGUGUUGGUUAGUGACAGAGUCUCUACUUCAGCCAGUGUCUUUGCAGCUGAAGGUGUGCCUGAACUCACAGUGCCUGGCUGUACACAGCUUCACCAGCCUCUACCCAGGUUUGUUUAAUGUGGGGAACCAGCUGCUGGUGAGUUUGGACUUGUUCUUUAAAAUCCGGAUUCAGAUCAGACAGGGUCAGGACCCUUCACUCGCAGCCCUUGACAUAAUCAACAACACACACAGUCCACCAGGCUGUGUGUUGAGUCCAGAUGAACAGACUCGUGUGCAGGAGUUGUUGUGCAGUGGUUACUGGGCAUUUGAGUGUCUGACAGUGCGUGAUUUCAACGACAUGAUCUGUGGAAUUUGUGGCAUCGCUCCUAAACUGGAAAUCGCACGACGCAAUACAAACAGCGUCCUACAGCUCAAAAACGUGGAGUUCACCUGGCCGGAGUUCCAGGCCUCAGAUGAGGUGCAGGUGGAGGAGUUCUGGCUGGCGAUGGAGAGCGAGGCCCUGGAGCAGGCAGUCUUUCCUUCCAAUGUCUCCAUCACUCGCUUUGACGCCUCCAUCAUCGCUCCCUUCUUUCCUGCACUGAUGAGGAGCUCUAUGGUCAUUAAUACAGAGAAGGACAAGAUCACCACCAACACGGAACACACAGGAGACUUGUGCAUGUUAAUGCGUUUAAUCCAUGAUGGUCUUCUAAGACCAGAGCAGAUGGAGCAGCACACUGAGGAGGAGCUACUGUCCAUACUGGAGCAGUGUGGUGUACCUUCAGCACCAAACACCACCAAGGAUGAGUUGAUGGUGUCUGUGUGUUUGCUUUACACACAAGUACAAAAUGGCCUUUCAACAGCCCCCCAACCUGCCGAACACCUCACUGCAGGAAAACUCAGCAAGGUGUGCCCUCACCAGGUGGUGUGUGGCUCUAAGUACCUGGUGCGCAGAGAGAGUGCCCGCGAUCAUGUGGACCUGCUGGUAUCCUCUCGUUUCUGGCCGCCCGUGUACGUAGCAGACUGUGCGCAGGAGGUGGCGCUGUGCGCAGAAGCACUGUACCCCGAGCUGGCGUCACAGAUGUGGGGGAGGAACCAGGGCUGCUUCUCCGAUCCCAUGACUCCUGCAGAGUACGUCUCCUGUCCUGAGCUCCAGGACCAGCAGUACAGCAUGGACCUCUCAUCUGUGGACUCCAACCCCCGUGUUCACCCACACACCAAGUCCUCAUUGCGCUAUGUACUGCACCCUGGCGAUCCUUCCCUCUCCUCCUCCUCCUCUUCUUCCUCAGAACCGCACCGUGCCCUGACUCUUUGUAAGGAGCUGCAGUCUUACUCCAGUCUCAUCUCGUCCAUAAGCAGUGGAUUAGAAGAGAACGAGAGCAAGUCUGGGGGAAAAGGAAAGCAAAGAAUGCUCGUGUUCAACAACGCAGCGCACUACUACCUCUACAACCGGCUAGUGGACUUCCUGAGCAGCCGGGAGGUUGUGAGCCAGCAGAUGGCCGAGGUGCUGAAAGUGUGCCAGCAGGGCGAGGUGGUGAUGAUCCGCGACGCCCUUUACAGGCUCGGAGUGGCGCAGCUCAACAGAGAGGACGAGGAGAGGGAGCGCAUGGGAGAGGAAGAAGAGGCAGAGGGAGACGCAGACACAGUCGCUGUGGACGAUGUAGUGCUAGAAUGACGGAGGUAGAGAAGAAUGUACACAAACACUGUGAGAUUUUCAAUAACAGAAUCUACAAGAGGACACUGUGCAGGGUGCAUAUAAUAGGUUAUAAUAUAAAAUGAUAGUAUUUAUUGCUAAUUAUGUGUGUUCAUGAAGAAACUGUGGUCAUUUUCAUAAUAAAGAUAACCACUCAGAGUAAGAAUUAACAACUUUUAUUGUAACUGUGAUCGUCCAUAUUUCUACAUAUUUAUAACAUUUUAGAUUAUGAUUCAGGUUUAAUUAUGACCCAGUGUUUUUUUUUUUGUUUGUUUUUUUUUUACAUGCUGCCUCAGAUUGUAAAAUUAAUUAAUUUACUGAUUGAUUAAGAGCCAAUACUAAUUUAACAAACAUUAAUGAUUGCAAUACACUGGUUAAGCAUUAUAUUCACUUUCGUUCGGUCCAUUUGUUCUAUUUCCAUCUUCUUUUAAACCGAUGCCAUAAGGACAAUCACAGCAAUGAGCCAUGUCAAUAACAAUUUCAAUGAAUAGAAAGUAAACAUGCUACACUGUAUUAAAGCACUAGAUAACAGCUCUAGUAAAUAAAAAAACUCUAAAAGCUUUGCAA